ACGUCACCAGAGCGUCCGCGGCGCGCAGUGGGGAAGCCGCCUCGCCGCCAGUGGAGGAGCAGGCAAGAUAUUGGAGAGGGGGAGAAGCGAGGCGGCCGGGAAAGACGCCUUCAGACGGGGGCUAGUGGACGGAAAGAGGGCGCAGGACGGUCUGAUCACGUCGCCGAACGCCCCCGGGAGCUCCGAGAGUCGAGGGAUAAUCUUGAAUCGCCUUUCCGACUGUCCAUCUUGAAGCCUGUUUUGCAACCGUGACUCGGCGAUUGCCGCCUUUGUGGAGUCGUGGGGUGCCUCCGUCCUAAAGCGUACUGGAUUACAGUGAUCACAGGGGUGUCAGCAUUCCAUCACGAGCUCAAGAUCACGAACAGGAAUCGGUUUGUUCCGUUUGUAACUUGGGACGUUGCAAGCUUCCCCCGUGACUAAUGUUUUCAUCAGGACACAAGUUGUCUACUUGGAUUAUUACUUCUUUCCUAUCUGGUGCUCUCACUUAGUUCUUUUCGUUGGAGCCCAAAACCCGAUAAGAUUCCCUCAUCAUGUACGGAAGUUCUCGGUCCGUCUCCAAGCUGGAUGUGGUGGGAUCCAACGGUAACGGUUCGGCGUCGGGCAGCCCGGGCCGCUCCCCCCGUCUCCCCCGAUCCCCGCGUUUGGCUCACCGGCGAAACGGCAGCAGCAGCAGCAGCAGCUCCACCGCCGGCCUCACCGGCUCCGGGAAAACCUUAUCCAUGGAGAAUAUCCAGUCACUCAAUGCCGCUUACGCCACGGGGGGCCCGAUGUAUUUCGCCGAAGGGACCGAAGACCCGGUGGGAAUCGGGAGCCUGGGUAGUGUCCUGAACCCCUCCCUGCCAAAAAGUACCAUGACGCUGGGCAGGGCCGGGGCGAGGGUGCCUUACGGGGUUCGGACCGCCUUUGUGGGGAGCAACCCGAAUAUCAACUCUGGAGGAGGGGGUGCUGGAGGGGUCGUGUCCAGUGACUCCAUAGCGUUUGGUGGGGACGUGCAAAGUCAGCCCACGCAGGCUUCCACUGUGCCCCACUCCAUGAGACAGGUGCGGGAAGGCGCCAUGACAGACCUGCAGAGCCAGCUGAGAGAGGUCCUGCGAGAAAAUGAACUUCUACGCAGAGAUUUGGAUGCAAAGGAGUCCAAGUUGAGCUCAUCCAUGAACUCCAUCAAGACAUUCUGGAGCCCGGAGCUGAAGAAAGAGCGCGCGCUGAGGAAGGACGAAGUCACCAAGAUGACCGUGUGGAAGGAGCAGUACAGGGUGGUGCAGGAAGAAACGCAGCAUCUCCAGUGCACCAUCCAGGCCUUGCAAGAUGAGCUCCGAAUCCAGCGCGAUCUCAACCAGCUGUUCCAGUCCGAUUACUCCGAGACGGGCCGCCUCGGAUCCCAGGCUAUCUCCCCGCAAGAAAUGACAGAGGAGAACUUCCUGCGUCUCCACAGCGAAUAUGAGCGGCAGGUCAAGGAGCUCUUCCUCCUGAGGAAGACCGUGGAAGAGAUGGAGCUGAGGAUCGACACUCAGAAGCACACUUUAAAUGCCAGGGACGAGUCCAUCAAGAAGCUUCUGGAAAUGCUGCAGACCAAAGGCCUGUCGUCUCGCGCCACCGAGGAGGACCACGAGCGGACGAGGCGGCUGGCCGACGCCGAGAUGACCAUUCACCAGCUAGAGGGCUUACUGGAGCAGAAGGACAAGGAGAUGUUGCUACUCAGAGAGGAGCUGCACAGGAGGUACGAAGCAGCUCCUGAAUCCACCAAGACCAAGGCCCUGCAGACGGUCAUCGAAAUGAAGGAUGCCAAAAUCAGCUCGCUGGAGCGCGGCAUGAGGGAACUGGAGGAGGAGGUGAACAUGCUCAAGUCCAACGGCGCGCUCAGCACCGAGGAGCGAGAGGAGGAGAUCAAGCAGAUGGAGGUGUACCGAUCCCACUCCAAGUUUAUGAAGACGAAGGUUGAUCAGCUGAAGGAAGAGUUAGGUCACAGCCAAUCAGAGAAGGAGGAGCUCAGGGAACGGGCCAAUGAGCUACAGCGCGAGGCGUCCGCAAUGGAUCAGGUGAAGCAGGAGCUGAAUCGUAAGGACAGCGAACUGUUGGCGCUCCGCACCAAACUGGAAACUCUGAACAACCAGUUUUCGGACAGCAAGCAACAUGUGGAUGUCCUCAAGGAGUCGCUCACCGCCAAGGAGCAGCGGGCUGCCAUAUUACAGACCGAGGUGGACGCGCUGCGCAUUCGCCUGGAGGAGAAAGAGUCGCUUCUGUCCAAAAAGAGUCAGCAGAUAUCAGAGAUCUCAGACGAGAAGAGCACGCAGAACGGAGAAAUCAGCGACCUCAAGGACAUGCUGGAUGUCAAAGAGCGCAAAGUCGUCGUGCUUCAAAAGAAGAUCGAGAACCUCCAGGAUCAGCUGAAGGACAAGGACAAGCAGCUGAGCGGCCUCAAAGGCCGAGUCAAGUCCUUACAGACCGACACCUCCAACACUGACACGGCUCUGGGAACGCUGGAGGAGGCACUGUCUGAGAAGGAACGUAUCAUCGAGCGAUUGAAAGAGCAGCGGGAGAGAGAGGAACGAGAAAAGGGAGAUGAGGUGGAGUCCACCAAGAAGGAGCUGAAGGAGCUGCGGGAGAAAGUUUCCCAGAUGCAGGCCGACCUUGCGGACCGCGAGGCUUCGGUUUUGGACCUGAAAGAGAAGGCCUCCUCCCUGGCCUCUUCGGCUCUGAAGAAGGACAACCGGCUGAAGAGCAUGGAGAUCACUUUGGAGCAAAAGAAGGAGGAGUGCGUCAAGCUGGAGAAUCAACUGAAGAAGGCUCAAAGCGUGGCCGCCGAGUCAGCAGCCAGCGCCGAACUCGCUCAGCGCAUCGCCAGCCUGGAGCAGGAAGUGAGCCGUCACAAAGAGGACGCCGACAAGGCUCAGGCCGAGGUGGAGCGGCUCCUCGAGAUCCUCAGGGAGAUGGAGAACGAGAAGAACGACAAGGAGAAAAAGAUCCACGAGCUGGAGAGAAAGCCUUCUCAUCUGUGGCGUUCUCAGCAGACGCCAAAACAAGCCCCUCCCCCAGCCGCCUCACAGCAGCCAAUGGGGGGGCUGGUGUGGGACUACCUGGGCACUCUUGCCUCGAGGCAGAUGAAGGAUCAGUCCAAGAAGGUGGCCAGCCUGAAGCACAAGGAGCAACUUGAGAAGAGCAAGAACGCCCAACUGAUGGAGGAGGCCAAGAAAAGGGAGGACAACAUGAAUGAGAGCUCCCAGCAGAUAAAGGACUCCAUACGCUAUAAGGAGGAGCGCAUUGAGGAGCUGGAGGAGGCCCUGAGGGAGAGCGUUCAGAUCACGACCGAGAGGGAGCUGGUGCUUGCCCAGGAGGAGCAGGCCCGCACACACGCCGAGAAACAGGUGGAGGACCUGCUGGUUGCCAUGGAAAAGGUGAAACAGGAGCUGGAGGUGAUGAAAGCCAAGCUGUCAUCCACUCAGCUGUCACUGGCCGAGAAGGAAGGUCACCUGACUGCCCUGCGGGCGGAGAGGCGGAAGCACCUGGAGGAGGUCCUGGAGAUGAAACAAGAGGCCCUGCUGGCCGCCAUCAGCGAGAAGGACGCCAACAUCGCCCUGCUGGAACUCUCCUCAUCCAAGAAGAAGAAAACCCAGGAAGAGGUGGCGGCCCUGAAAAGGGAAAAAGACGGGCUGGUUCACGAGCUCAAACAGCAGACUCAAAACAGGAUGAAGCUGAUGGCGGACAACUACGAGGACGAGCACCUGAAGGUGUCGUCCCCCAACGCCGAGCUGCCCAACAACCACAAGCCCUCGCCGGAUCAGAUUCUCUCUCCUCUCCUGGAUCUGGACCAGAACCGUAGUAAGCUGAAGCUGUACAUCAGUCACCUGACCUCCUUGUGUCAGGAGCGAGACCCCGUCAUACUGCAAGACUUCGCCCCGCCGCCUGCCUACCACCGCGCCGACUCCGCCGCCACCUGGCACGCGCAACUGCACGGCAUGACGCACCAACAGUUGGAGGCGGAGUUGGCACUGUGCGAGCGGGAGGGGGCAGAGCUGCAGGAGUACGCCAACCAGGUGCUGCAGCAGAUCGCCGACCGCUGCCCCGACAUUUUGGAGCAGGUCGUCAACGCCCUGGAGGACAGCAGCUGACGCGUUUCCAUCAUCGCUGUCACCAAAAUGACUUCUGUCCACAGGUUGCUUUUUUUUUUUUUUUUUUUUCACCCCCCCCUCCCCUUCACCUGUGUAGGACUGAGUGACACAAGCGCACACUGUUCUUCGAGUCCGCCAUUUUGCUGCUAACUUGUUUUUGUCGUCGUCUUCUAUGGUUUCUGUCAGCCUUCCGUUGUGCCAGGAACACUCGCAAUAAUCCCUUUACUAUCAACUGUGUGGAGGAUAACACGAGGAGGAAUCUUUUUUUUUCUGCUUUUCUUUCUGGGCGGGGAUGGAGAGAAUAUAAAUAUUUUGCUUUUGCUAAUAUAUAUAUAUAAAUACGUAUAAAUGUAAAACACUAAUGUUAUAAUUCCAGUUAUAUGCUUGGUUGUCACCAGCGGGGGAAACGUUACAGGUUUGAAUUGUUUACCAUAAUAGACUUCCCGGCAACUGCGGGUGGGCAAAAGAAUUGAAAUGGAAUAAAAUGCGAAUCUAUCUUUUCUCGACUGUGAAAGAGCAUUUUCUAACGCACCUCAUCAUGUUUUGGGAGAGCCGCCGUCAAGACAUAUGUCCCCCCAAACGGAGCUUCCAACAUUCCCGCUACGCCGUUAUCGGCUCCCCUCGCGAACGUCGCCUUAUCUUGACCCCGCGGCCGCUUUAUUUUCCUCCCCCCUCCCGCUGCAAUGACAUGAUUCCAGGGCUCGCUCUCGUUCCCUAUCUAGCCUUUGCGACGGCCUCUUCCUGUUGCACUUAACAUUCUUUCCACCUUAGGAUGUAUAAAAGCCACAUUUACCUGUCCUUCACAUAGCAUUCUGCUUUCCCCAUCUACUGUCGUAAAAAAAAAAAAAAAAAAAAAGAAGACAGCGGAUGGAAGAAGCGGCCAUGAACUCUAAAACAACCCGACUUAUAUUCUGACUUUUACUCCAUUCUGACCCCUGCUUGGUAUUUAUUUAAUCACUUGAGCUCCAUAUUGAAGUGCAGGCCCAUACAGAGGUGCAUUCAGGGGGGGGGGACAUCCAGCGCGGCCAACGAGGCGUUCCAAAGUAAACCGCUAGUGGAUCUGCACUAAAUCACACACAUUAAUGAGUCUUAUCACGGUAAAUAAAUACGCCGUACAAAUAUUUAGCCUCACAUGCAUGCAAAUGACGAUAAAUGCGCCCGUGUUUUAUGAUCGGGGAUUAAUUCGGGAGCGGGCGGACAAGCGGGCCGCGUUUUGAUCCAACCCGACCCAAGACGAGAUCGGUAUCAAAAACCGAGCGCCUUAAACACCCGCGUAAGCUGUCGGUGAUAUCGGUGAUCCCCCCCGCCCGCCCCUGGGGAGAAAAAAAACAACGACGUCCUUGAGACAAUGUAUCUGUGGGAGCAUUUCGAAGAAGCCUAUUUAUAAUAAAAGAGGGAAGAAGGUUGACAAAAUGUGAGAAGGACAUCGGGGAGCGCAAAUCCAAACAAUGUGGAGAGGAGCCGAGCUGCUAAAAUAAGCUGUGAGCCGCCGACACUCCAAACGUCCCGAAGACUCUUCACCUUCUAACUGAAGAUGAGGCUCCGAGCGGCGACCUUGGUUGGAAUAGCAAUCCUUUGGUAUGUCAGGGUUGCUGUGCGGUCCCAGACUCAAGAAUUCACCUCCCGUCAUCAUGAGCUGGGAACCCGGGCUCUCUAAAUGAAGGCUUGUUUUCACCUGAAUGUGUUUUUUAAGCUUGCGACCAUCAAUAAAUUUUUUUUUAAAAAAGCUG